UAUGAGUAUUAAAUUCGAUGGAUCAUAAAUUGGAAUUGAAAUCAAUCCCAUAAGUCACAAUUAUUCUAUAACAGUGGCACAAAUUUAUCUAUACACACAACAAUACUUACAAAAAAACUAACUAGAUAUUUCAAUGAUUUACUUAACAUUAGAUGGAUAAACAAUUUUAAACCCAUAAGAUAAUUCACCAAUAAAUUUUUAACCAGAAUCAACUGUUUUUAUAUUAUAAAGUUAACCAACAUUUUAGAUAUUUUUUGAAAAAAAUUAAAUAUUACAAUCAUAAUUGUAAAAUAUGCCUAUAGUUGAUGUAAUUUUCUAAUACUAUUGAAUAGGUGUUAAACUAUUUAUUAUAAUAAGGAUAGAUAAAAGGGUAGAAUUUCUAAGUUGAUUUUUAUGAAUUAAAUUACUAACCAUUAUAUAUAAACGUUGAUAUUAGCCAAAAUUUGUAUAAUUACAUAAAUUGUAAUUAAUAUGUGAUUAUAAAUAUUACAGCAAUUUAAUAAGAAUCAUAAAAAAUAGACUCAAAUUAAAAAGUAGCAUCUUUAAAAUAAAAGUAAUUAAUUAUAAUUAAUAAUUAGUGUUGGAGCCAAUGAACUUCUCUAAUCUUUGAUUUUACUUAAAAAUGUAAGUUUAUUGAUUGAUCCAAAUGGCUAAUUUGUUGUUUAUAAAUUCCAUUUCCCAACUUUGGUUUCUGGAUACCUUCAAAAAAGUUAAGGAAAAGAUCAAUCAAAUUUUUCACAAUUUAGUAGCAAUGAUUGUGAUUGGAUUAAAAAAAAUGAUGUUGAAUAUUGCUCAUUUGAUGAUUAUGGAUUUGCUGUUCGUUGGUAAGGUAGAACUAUUAGUUCUGUGAAAAUUAAAUAAUAAUGA